CAAGAACAUCAAACUGAACAUCAAACUUCUUCAUAAACUAUGGUGAAGAUUCUAAUAGGGUGUACGGGUAGUGUUGCUACAAUAAAAUUGCCAGUUUUAAUUGAAACAAUUUCCAAAGGAAAAGGAACUUUUUCUUCUGAAAUUGAUGUUCGCAUCUGUUUGACUGAACAUUCUAAGCAUUUUCUCCAAGAUACAGAUUUAAAUGAUGUGUGUAUCUACUCAGAUUCUGAUGAAUGGGCUGCUUGGUCUAAUAGAGGUGAUCCUGUACUUCACAUAGAACUGGCUAAAUGGGCUGAUAUUCUUCUCAUUGCUCCUCUAGAUGCUAAUACAUUAGCAAAAAUUGCCAAUGGUUUAUGCGACAACAUACUAACCUGCAUUGUUCGAGCCUGGGAUCUUUCCAAACCUCUGAUUUUUUGCCCUGCAAUGAACACCAAAAUGUACCAGCAUCCCCUGACCGCUCAACAGAUCUCAACGCUCAAAUCUUGGGGGUACUAUGAGAUCCCAGUGAUUGAAAAACAAUUAAUUUGUGGAGAUGUGGGUCCAGGUGCCAUGGCCGAAGUAGAGACUAUCGUAGAUUUUUUAAAAAGUGUAAUGAAAGAGCGGAAUAUUGAGUGAUAUGUUCUAUACUGCUGUUUUAUUUUAGAUGAAUUUUGUUAUAGUGAAUAUAGUCUAUUUGAAAUAAAGGAUAGUUAUUAA